AUGAUGCUUGCUCUCACUUUAUUAUGCCUGCUUGUUGGAGCCGCUGUUGGCACCUUUUCCAUGGGCGGAUCGUCGAUGAUGGGAAAUUCAAUGUAUUACCCCGGAAGUCGUAUGAUGAGUGGAGGUAUGGGCGGAAAUUCGAUGUACUACUCCGGAAGUAAUAUGAUGGGCGGAGGUUCCACGUAUUACCCAUCAUACAACACAAUGGGCGGAGGUAUGAUGAGAAGUGGUAUGUAUAAUCCCGGAUACAGCAUGAUGAGUGGAGGUAUGAGCGGAAGUUCCAUGUAUAACCCCUCAUACAACAUGGGCAGCGGUAUGGGUUCCACGUAUUACCCCGGAAACUAUAUGAUGGGCAGCGGUAUGGGUUCCACGUAUUACCCCGGAAACAUGAUGAGCAGCGGCAUGGGUUCCACAUAUUACCCCGGAAACAUGAUGAGCAGCGGUAUGGGUUCCACGUAUUACCCCGGAAACUAUAUGAUGGGCAGCGGCAUGGGUUCCACGUAUUACCCCGGAAACACGAUGAGCAGCGGUAUGGGUUCCACGUAUUACCCCGGAAACUAUAUGAUGGGCAGCGGUAUGGGUUCCACGUAUUACCCCGGAAACAUGAUGAGCAGCGGUAUGGGUUCCAUGUAUUAUCCCGGAAGCGUUGGAAUGAGUGGCUCUAUGAUGGGUGGAUCUUCCUAUCCGUUCUCCACUAUGGGAGGAAUGGGAGGUGGCAGCAGUGUAUCAAUUAGGGCACAGGCGAAACAGGAAUCUGGAGUUGGUGGACCAGCUACGCCGCACUGCAAUGAAGCAGAGAGUGAUCGUACCUCUGGAGUAUCAAGAAUGGACAAGUCUGUUCUGAUGUAG